UCAGGGAGCCGAAACAGGCACCAUCGAGUCGCGGUCUUCCAAGGUCCUAGAGUGGAGUGGCAAGCAAGCCAGGUGUGUCGUGUAGUGGCGCGUUUGGCGCUCCGUGCCCAGAUGAAUUACAUUCUGGAUUUAUCUCAAAAUUUCUCUUUACUGGAUUCAUGGACUACCCUUCAGGUUACAGCCAAAAGAAAAUUCUCCAGAGCAGAAAGAGCAGCCUGGAACUGGGGAUGGCUACCAUGCUGGGACUCCGGCUGCAAGGAAACAGCAAAGACCUUGGACAGGCGCCAUUGUGCAAACAAUUCAGGCAGUUGCGCUAUGAAGAAACUGCAGGGCCCCGGGAGGCACUGCAACGGCUCCGUGAGCUCUGCCACCAGUGGCUGCAGCCAGAGACCCACAGCAAGGAGCAGAUCCUGGAGCUGCUGGUGCUGGAGCAGUUCCUGGCCAUCCUGCCGGAAGAGCUGCAGGCCCAGGUGCAGGAGAAGCAUCCUGAGAGCGGGGAGGACUUGGUGGUUUUACUGGAAGACUUGCAGCUGGAACUUGGAGAAAAAGGACAGCAAGAGGGCCCAGACCAGGAAAAGAAGCAGUCACUGCUUGUGGAAGCCCCAGGCCCUCUGAGUGCAGUGCAGGCGCAGCAGGUCCUACCUGGGUAUGAAGGUCAGAAGCCUGAGAAGAAGCAGGAUGAGGAGAUACAGAUUGAGAAUGGCAGGCUUGUAAUGACAGAUCCCUGUGGAACAGAGGAGUCACCCAGAAAGAAAGCUGAACCCAGAGAGGCUCAUUAUGAAGACUCUAACUUGGAAAGGCAGCAGGGCACGCCCCAGAACUCAGACUUGACUGAAUUCAGAAGCACUCACAUAGGAGGAAAGCUCUGUGACUCGGAAGUGUGUCAAAGUUCUGCUCUUACUGGACAUCAGAAACCCCACUCGAAAGAGAAAGGCCACCAGUGCCACGAGUGUGGGAAAGUCUUUCAGAGGAGUUCACACCUUGUCAGACACCAGAAAAUCCACCUUGGUGAGAAGCCAUAUCAGUGCAAAGAGUGUGGGAAAGUCUUCAGCCAGAAUGCAGGCCUUUUGGAGCAUCUCAGAAUCCAUACUGGAGAGAAACCUUUUCUAUGCAUCCAUUGUGGAAAGAACUUUAGGCGCAGCUCUCACCUUAAUCGACACCACAGAAUUCACAGUCAAGAGGAACCCUGCGAAUGCAAGGAGUGUGGGAAAACCUUUAGUCAAGCCCUGCUCCUCACCCACCAUCAGAGAAUCCACAGUCAUUCCAAAAGCCACCGGUGUAAUGAAUGUGGCAAAGCCUUCAGCUUGACCUCAGACCUCAUUCGGCAUCACAGGAUUCACACUGGAGAAAAACCGUUCAAGUGUAAAGUAUGCCAGAAAGCCUUCCGACUAAACUCACACCUUGAUCAGCACAUAAGAAUCCAUAACGAAGAAAAGCCCUACAAGUGUACUGAGUGUGGAGAUGCCUUCCGGCAGAAGUCAGGUCUCUUUCAGCAUCAGAGACAUCACCACAGAGGGAGACUGGCUUGAUGAGUGUUUUCUCCGUGUAGAACAUCAGAAGGAACAGAGAAGCAAAAAAACAUGAGAAGAAGCCUCUGGCCAUCUAGUAUGGGAGAAUGUUCCAGGGCCAAGUUGGAAGCCAUUUGCUUCCCUUUCCUCUCCUCUGUGUUCCUUGAAGCUGGCCUAGAACUGCAAUAGACAGCACUGUGUGAGCAAAGCAAAACAGCAGUCUUCACUACAAGAUUUCGAAGAGGCUCUAAUAUGACAAUUGCAUGGUUGUAUAUCUCCACAUAGCCUGUGACUCAAUGAGGCCUUUGAGAAUAGCAGCCAGUCAGGUGUCCCUGGGUUUAGAGACUGAUAGAAAACAAGGGCAGGUUGAUGUUUUAGAUACCAUAGCAACGGACUCAUUUUCUCCACUGGCUUCACCUCCUCCAUUUUGCUGGCCUUACCUCCACACUCCUCAUGCAUAACCAAUGGAAGCAUUUUAGAAAGCAAAGAUGAACCUUUCUGGUUAACUGUAGUACUUGUCCUCAUGUCAUUUUACAUUCUCCAUCCCCAUCCCCACCACAUUUCAUUGGUUCAAGUCACAAAUCAGUUUUACUUAGACUAUGGAAUGAGUUAUUUGAGUGAACUGUGCUGAAAUAAUCGUAGUAGCAACUGUUUUCCUUGAUAACUUCAGUGCUGGUACAGGGACUGCUGGAUAGAUGCUCUUCAAAAAAUCCAGUGACAGAAAUCAGACUUACUCCUUUUAACAUUGGAGAUGCAGUUUUUAAAUGUUGCUUGUUUUGGAAUUUAUUGAAAGCAAUAAAGUCACUUUUUAGAGGAGGUCUAUCUCUGUAUCAGUAACAGCAUGUUAACCAUUAAGAAUAUUAUAGUUUGGGCCAGGGAUUUAGCUCAGUGGUGCUGUAUGCAGGUACAAGGUCCUGAGUUUGAUCCCAAGCACAUAUGGAGGGUAAACAUUGCUUACUGGUCGGUAGUAGCUGCAACCUGCCAAUGUGGGAAGAAGCCUGAACCCUCAUAGUGAUCAGAAGUUCAGCUGUGUGUAACUUAAAAGUAAAAAAACAGGAUAGACUUUGUAAAGCUUUUUUGUCUCUAAUAGAAAAGGUUGGAGGGCUAGGGAUGUAGCUUAUUGGUUCCACUGCCUGCCACAAAAGUGCAAGGACCUGAAUUUGAUCCCUGGUUACCCACCCCCACAAAAGGGUUCAAGAUGACCAGGCCAGGACUGUUAAGGUGGUUCCAUGGUACCAUCCUGGUCCAUGCCAGGAAGACCCUCACAUGAUCCAUGAUGGCUGUUGAAGCUUCAGACAUCACAUGUAAAAUGGAAAAACAGCAGGACAAAAAAAGGCUUCUUCCAGUUGUCAGCACUCUGAGCUGCCUUUCCAACAUAUAUAUCUCUGGCCAAAACUUUGGGAAAGAAGGCAGGAAAGACUUUUAAAGCAUAGUCAUAAUUGCUGAAACUUACAAGAAGGCUAGAUGUCCUUCCAUAUUUGAAGGGAUAAUUAAACUGGGCCAAUUUUUGCCAGCACAGUGUCACACUAAUAAUCUCAUCUACUUGGGAGGCUGAGGCAGGAGGAUCACAAGUUCAAGCCUGGCCUGGCAAUUUAGUGUGACCCUGUCUCAAAAAAUAAAAACUGGGGAUGUAGCUCAACAGUAGCAUGCCCAUGUACCCUAAACAAACCAUCUGGGCCUAUUUUUUAAAGGUGUUUCCUAUUUUUGCUGCUGAAUUGAACAUCUUUUUACAUGUUAAUUGAUCAUUUACAGUUCUUAUUUUGUGAGUAUCCUCCUUUGCUGACAGUCUUCUCUUAAGCAGUAAUGCCCUUAAAAGUACUGUAAAUAGAAGCUAUCAAACUUUAAAUACAUGUCUUUAGACAAUUCCAAGAUCUAUUUAUCAAACAAAAAUAAGAGAAUGGAGAUGUUGAAUGGUGUUCCCUAUGGUAUUAAUUAAAAAAAAAAAUACAGCCGUGCACAGUGACACACUGUAACCUGAGCAUUCUGGUUGGCUGAGCAACUUAAGCUAAGCCGGUCAAAGAGAUGGGAGGGCUGGGAUGUGUGAAGGCUCUGGUUCUAUUCCCAGUAUGGCCUGGAGUACAACAAGUAUUUCAGAAGG